AGCCGGCUCGCUAAUGGUGGACGCGUGAGGCGGAGGAGCGCGGCGGGCGGGCGGCCGGGGGGCAGCGCGGCGGCGGCGCCAUGUCCGUGAACAUGGACGAGCUCAAGCACCAGGUCAUGAUCAACCAGUUCGUGCUGACGGCGGGCUGUGCGGCCGACCAGGCGAAGCAGCUGCUGCAGGCGGCCCACUGGCAGUUCGAGACGGCCCUCAGCGCCUUUUUCCAGGAGACCAACAUCCCCUACAGCCACCACCACCACCAGAUGAUGUGCACUCCUGCCAACACCCCUGCCACGCCCCCCAACUUCCCUGACGCCCUCACCAUGUUCUCCCGUCUCAAGGCCUCUGAGAGCUUCCACGGUGGCGGCAGCGGCAGCCCGAUGGCCGCCACGGCCACAUCGCCCCCACCGCACUUCCCCCACGCCGCCACCAGCAGCUUCGCGGCACCCAGCUGGCCGACUGCGGCCUCGCCCCCAGGGGGGCCACAGCACCACCCGCCGCAGCAGCCGCCCCUGUGGACUCCAGCACCCCCUUCCCCGGUGUCAGACUGGCCGCCCCUGCCACCCCAACAGGCCACCUCAGAACCCAGGGCCCACCCCGCCAUGGAGGCCGAGAGAUAAGGGAGGCCCCUCCCCCCUCCCGGAGGCCAGGGCCCCGUGGGGCGGGGGAGAGGAUGUCUCCGCAGGCCCCCUUCACCCUCCUCUGUCUGACCCCCGUUCCCCGGAGCCCUGGAGGGGAGAGACGGGACCCUCAUGCCAGCACACAGGCUGCCCGCGCACAUACACGGAAGCGCAGGCACGUGGCACCCAGCUUGCAUGGAUUUGGUUGAGUCGUCUGGGUGCUGGUGGACAGAACUUCAGAGGCCAAGCAGCCUUCCCCAGAGAACUCACCUGCCCCACCCCACCCAGGGGGCUGCGGAGAAGCGCCACCGCUGCGGAGACUCGGCUGGCUCCUGCCUUGGAGCUCCUUGGGGGCUGGCAGGCCUAGAUCCCCACCCUCGGGAAUGCAGAGUCUUCGCAUGUGUGCGUGUAGCUGUGUCUGUGUAUUUAUAUGUAUGUCGCUCUUCAAGAAGCAACCUAGUUUACGGGGCAGCUGGACUUUGCAUGUUAGAGUGAGCCCCCAGCCCCUUGCCCGCCGCCCCUCUCCCCAGGGCCCUGCCCUCUCCUCAACCCCCUGGCCGGCCAGCCUUGCUGUUCCCUGCAGAGAAGAGGAUUGUGGGAAACUCCAGGACUCUUCCCACCCAUCCCCCAGCGCCUGCCUGCUGGGGCUGCCUGCAUGCCUCCCUCAGAGCCCGGGGGUACCCCAUACCCAUUUCCUUUCCCCUUUUAACAAAGGAGAAGAAAGUUCCAAACCAC